UCCUGAGCUCAGACUCUGAGCAGCGGCAGCAGCAGCACCGCCAGCGCCAAGUACCGGAGCCUCCGCGAGCCGGACCGGAGCGGAGCGGACCGUCCACAGGAAUUACUGCCCGCUUCUUCCAGCGCGGGGAUGAGCGCGUGAGAGAGGAUCUGCUGGAUCUCGCUGAGUUUCACAGUACCAACAAAAAGGGAAAGGGCCUGAAGCAAAGGUUUGGACACCUUUGAGGGUUAUGGCAAAGCCUUCAGCUUCCUCCUUAUGAAGUAACGCACUGUGGAUUUUGAGGUUCUUGAGUGGUGAGAAGAGUGUGUGAGUGCCAGCUGCAGGCGUAUUGGUGGGUGUCCAGUGAAGAGCCUCUGUCCCCCUGCUUCUGAUAAUGGAGCACCGUUUGCACAUGAGGAGGCACUGACUCCGGCGCAGCCCUGUCGCGCCCACAGCGCCCCCUCUCGGCCCGGGCGGCCCACCAUGGCCCGGGCACGAAGAGUUACCAGGUCAGCCGCAGCCUCUCGCAGCACUCGUCUGGGCCGUGCCACUGCAUGCCUGAGGACUGCGAUGCUUCGUUGCGUGACUACAUGCACCACCCGGACCAUUACCAAAGGCACAAUGACCACCACUACUAUCCUCCCGGUGGCCCACCGGAGCCUCUGGCACUUCCCCCCUCUGGUGGAGGUACCUUUCCACGCUCGCAUGCACCUCAGCAGCAGCAGCAGCCCUAUGACUCGUGCGAGGAGUGCCUGUCCUCGGCCGGACACGGACACGGGCACCAGAAGAUGCACCGUAUCCCACCCGGCCUUAUGGACCAGUUUGAGAAGCAGUUACCCUUCCACCCUGAUGGUUUCCACACAUUGCAGUACCAGCGCACAGCCAGCGGUGAGCAGCGCAGCGAGAGCCCUAGCCGCAUCCGUCACCUGGUGAACUCCGUGCAGCGCCUCUUCGCCAAGUCCCACUCGCUUGAGGCGCCGUCCAAACGAGAGUUCAAUGGGACGCGUGGAGGAGGGGGGGAGCACCGUGAUCGGGAAAGGGGUCACCGCAGUGGAAGUGAGGAAAGUAGUGGGCACCAUCACCCAGGCACACACCAGUCCCGCUCAGCCCGUCGCAAUAAGAGCCGGGAGCGCAGCAAGAGUGGAGACUCGCGGCACGAGUCCCGGCACAGUUCACGCCACCGCAGCAAGACCGCUGGCUGGUGGAGCUCCGAUGACAACCUGGACAGUGACAGCAGCUUUCUGGUCCAAGGCGGUCGAGGGGGACGAGGAUACCCCACAGGCCACGAGACCCUGGACGCAGCCAUUCAGGAACUGACCCUGAAGAAGGUCAAAGGGCCACCACCUGGAGAGUGCCUUGCCUGCACAACCAUGGCCAGGGCAGGAGACGGGGGACACUCUCUAAAGAGGAGCACCUGGUCAGCUAUGACAGUCAGCCAGGCUAGAGAAGUGUACCCUGCCUCUUCUCGGGGUGGAGGAGCGGGGACAGGAAUUACUGGGUACGAGAAGGCCUUGGUUCCUGUGGAAAACAAGUUGAAAGAGCGCAAGCUUCACUACUUACAGGUUCCUUCAGAUGACUGGGGUGGAGGGGGCGCGUCAGACAGCGCAGGGGAAAUCCCGUGCAGACGGAUGCGCAGCGGCAGCUACAUUAAGGCCAUGGGGGACGACGACAGUGGAGACUCAGAUACCAGCCCUAAGACGUCACCCAAGCGCUCCCUCAUCGCUCAGAGAGAGGCCUUCCGCCGCUCUGUCAGCAUGGACCAGCGCUCCACUACCACCAAGUACUCCUGUAAACAGUGCACAGAUUCCUACUCCAACAGCCGUACCACGCCCAAAGGACACGCUCGCUCUCGCAGCUACACGCGCUCCCUGACCAGCUCACAGCUGGGGGACACACUAAACCGCCAGUUUGAGUCGGUGUGUGAGACCAUGUUUGGAGAGAUGGAAUCUCAGGCUGUGGAGGCUCUGGAUCUGCCGGGCUGCUUCCGCACACGCAGUCACAGCUAUGUGCGGGCCAUCCAAGCGGGCUGUUCCCAAGACGAUGACUGCCUGUCUGUCUUCUCUAUGUCUGGCCCCCAGGGGAGCAUGAAGGGUGGAGCAGUGUUUCCAUACAGAAAAGGCCCACCUCCCCUUCCACCACGCAUGUCCAAGCCUAUGAUCUCUGUGACGGCCCAGAGCAGCACCGAGUCCACCCAGGACGCGUACUUCCAGAACACCGGUCAGCCAGCACUGGGUCGACCCAAGCAGCACAGCAACUCUGUGGACUUGACCGAGAACAGCGGCCGGACCUCCAGGGGUGGCUACUAUCCAGCCGGGGGUCCAGCACGGCUCAGGCAGAACAGCAACUCUGCAGAGAGUGUGGACGCCCGGGGGCUGAGGGACGCUGGCUACACCACAGGGUCGGGCCCCAUGAGACCCAAGCAUAGCACCUCUGCAGACAGCCUGCUGGAAGGACCCCGCAUGCCAAGAGAGAGGGCUGGAGGAAGCCUGGGCAAGUCUGCCUCACUGCCCCAGAGCAGCAUGACCUUGAGCAAGUCAGCACAGAGUAUGGAGGAUCACAGGCAGGAUGGGAAGGGGCGCAAGUGGAGACCCUCUAUAGCGGUCCAGGUGGAUAGCUCUGAGACGUUGUCAGACUCAGACACCGAGGGAAAAGCACUGAGAGAGGUGCACUCCAUCGGUGUCCAAGUGGAGGACGACAAAAGACGAGCCCGCUUCAAGCGCUCCAAUAGCGUGACGGCGAGUGUGCAGGCUGAUCUGGAGAACGAAGGCUUCGGGGCUUUAAGUGUUCCCACACAGGACAAGGGUCUCCAGUUCGGCUGCUCUUUCCAGCGCCACUCUUCAGAGCCUGAAUCAGCCGGUCAGCUGGUGGAGUACCGCACCGUCCACACGCAGGGCCAGUGGGCGUAUCGUGAGGACUACCACAGCGGCUACUCCACAGAGCCCUGUCCACUGGAGCUCAGGGCCCUGCCACACUCCCACGGGCCCCUCCCUCUGGCCUCUCAGAGUAGCGUACCAGGCUGGCACGAGGGUCCACGCAGCCUGCCGGACUCGGGCCGGGCCUCACCCUGCCUCCGGGACGGGGAGUUCUUCCUCCGACUGCUGCAGACUGAGGUGGAGAGGAUGGAAGGCUGGUGCCAGAACAUGGAGAGAGAGGCAGAGGAGAACGAGCUGCCUGACGAGGUGCUGGAGCUGAUCAGAGCAGCGGUAGGCAGUGCACAGAUGCUCAUGUCCCAGAAGGUGCAGCAGUUCUUCCGCAUGUGCCAGCAGAGCGUGGACCCAUCGGCGUACCCCCAGCCCACCACUCAGGACCUGGCCAGCUUCUGGGAGCUGCUGCAGCUGGCCAUCGAGGACGUGAGGGUGAAGUUCCAGGACUUGCAAAGGAUAAAGGACUCAGGCUGGAGGCUGCCUCCGGAGAAGAAGGAGGAGAAGAAGCUUCCUCCUCCGUUACCAAAGAAGCCAGCGGGUGGUGUGACUGGGAGUCUGCGAGCCGAAAGCUUGGCUGAGGCAGGGAGCAGCAGUGGCAUGCUGGUGGUCUCCCACGGGCGGGGCGUACCUAUUCGAGACAAAUCUCUGGAUCUGGGCGAGCGGCAGAGGCAGGAGGCCAGGCGGAGGCUGCUUCAAGCAGGCCCCAAGCGAGCCGCCUCCUUCCGGCAGAACUCGGCCACGGAGAGCGCAGACAGCAUCGAGAUCUAUAUCCCUGAGGCUCAGACCAGACUGUGAGCUGGCCCUGGUCACUUCUGCCCAUCAAAUAACCAUCACGAGUCCCCGCUGGCCGACAUUAACACACACACACACACACACAUGAGCGAGCUGGGAGGCAGUACGAAUGGCAGUAACACCUCUCUCAGAGUAGUAAAGUGUGUUUAAAAGGAAGAAACUAUGGAUACUUUGGGUACUUUCUUGAUGUGAGCUCACUCUCACUUGUUUGUGUUGAACCAGUGUUAAUCCUCACAGGAAACUUUUAAAAGGGCUCCCACCAGCACAACCAAGUGGUACAACAUCGAGGGGUUCGCUUUCCGGAAAAAAUAUACUUGUAUAAUAAUAUCCUAAAAUCUUAGGACUGUUUCAAUAAAUUGCCUGCGUGAAUACGGGUGCAAAAUCAAAUUCUUGGUGAGAGGAGCUUUUAGAUUUUAGUUACGAAUAGCAGACACUCUUUUUGAUAUAGUCCUGAUAUCUAAACUGUGCAUUUUAGUUUUUCCUAGUGUUGUGAUUGAUAGUAGUUCCUCUCACUGUGAAACAGCAGCACACUCUAGUGGCCAGGGCAAGUAAGUGCACCCCUUAAAAAAAAAAAAAACUCAGGCCAGACAAUUUUGCAAUUUUGACAAAUUUCCCCAUCUGACUCUAAACUACAAAAUUGUAAGCCUAAUUCACUACCUACUCCCUAUUUUUUUUUCUGGCUAAUAUUAAUCAGUGCCCAGCAGGGAUGUGCUUGCAGUCUGUCCAAUAUUUAGCCUGUGGCUUAUCCUCCACAGCUGCAGCUGUUUUUAAUAUGGAGAAUAUGGCGUUUUCCCGUUUUCUCUAAAUGUUCCGUAAGCUGUCCAGCCUGAGGGACAGACCACAGAUGCUUCAACUGAAGAUGCUAAAGCUGCACAAGGGCGCAGGAGACAAUCCCCAGUGUCACACAUCCACCCUUUUCCGAGCUCAUCUUUUCACUAAGGAAAGCCCACAAGUCCACCAAGCCGCCCACAAGCAUCUGUGUGUUUGUGUAAAUGCCAGAAAAGUAUGAAAUCUCCUCGAGUGAGGUCAGUGUUGCCCUCAGGCAAACACAUUCUAGCAUCUCGUCACUGGAACAGGAGUGAGGAUUCAUUUAACUGUAGCAAUCUGGAACGUGUUCAUGAAUUUAGGAAACAAGUGUGAUGUGAGGAUUUUUUUUUUGUGUGUGUGUGUUGUAUUAUUUAUUAAUAUGUCACUUUCUCUGCGUUUAUAAAAACAAGAGUUAUUUAUUUAAUUAAUAAAUGAAUUCAUUUUAACUGUUUUAACAAAAUGCACUCAUCGUCAAAAAAAAAUAAAUAGUUGCACCUAGAAGAACCCAACUGAUAGGAAUCUCAAGAGCUUGCCCUGAAGACACAGAUACUCAGCCAAUGCUAGCAGCAUUGUCUGAACUAUGCUAUUGGACACUACCUUAACUAAUCUGCAGGAAGCAUGUAAAUAUAGGACGGAUUAUCACAGAAAACCAUUAGGAACAUUUCUUAUAUACUACUUCUGUAUAUGUAGCUCAACAAAUAUGCCCAAUAGUUGCCCAUAUCAGUCUUAAUCAUUUAUAUAGACUGAUAAGGGCAAUAAGUCUGUUUUUGUUUUACUCUUAGUAAACUUUAUCUUUCUUCCAAAUAUCACUGCACGUAAUCUGACACCUCCUUCUGGGUGCAACUUUUUUUUUUUUUUACACAACUAUUUCUUUUGAUGAUGGGUGUAUAUUGGCUCACAUUGUCCCCUACACUAAAGUAAGUGUUUAAUCUUUUAAUCUCUUAAUCUGUGAUUUUAAUAAUUUAUUUUGUCUGUGUUCUGAUUUCUUUCUAUAUAUUUUUUUCCUCUUUCAGUGUGAGAUGGUGGGUAAUUAGAAGAUGCUUUGGUUUAUAUGUGUUCAGAUGUUGGAUCUAUGAAUUAAUGAAAUAAUGCAAGGUCAUGGCUGGCCUUUAAUAACACUGGUGCCAAAACCUUUGCUCUUACUCCUUCUGCUCCCAUUUGUUGUAUUUUAAAUCAAGAACCUUUUCUCUUUACUUUUUUCCAGUUCUGGAAAAAAGCAUAUAUAAAAAGUAUUUUAUAGGAAGAUGUAUAUUUUAUAAAUGAUGAUUUUAGAUUAAAAUAUGAAAAAUCCCAGAGAAACCCCUAUUAAAGAAAAAAAAAAAGUCAAUUUAAUAGGCCUACAACCCAACAGGAUGAUGGGGUAGCUCUGUGGUCUUGCAUAUCUGGAUUCUCGAUGCAGCUUAUGUGUUAUUUUAAAUAGACAGAAUCCUCUGGAAUAUUUUCGUCUCGCUCUGAACCUCAACCCUGACGGGACGGGCUUAUGGCCUGGAGUUUUAAUGAAGGAAGACGGCCGUGAGCCACUUACAGUCCUUGUCUUCUCGUUGUAACGACUAUAUGUGCCUAACCAGCACUAUGCGUGUCUUUUUUUAAGAUGACUACAAUAUUAAUAUUGUAUUCAAGAUGAAGUUAUACAUGUUAUUCACAUGACAUAGCCUACUAUGUAUUGUUCUGGUAAUCGGUUCCAGCGAUUUAUAACACUAUAGUAUUGGAUACGUUCAUCAGCUAAUAAUCAUAACCCUAAUCUGGAUGUUUCUAUGUAAUAUGCAUGCCUUUUAAUACAUCCAUGUAGACCUUUUUUUUCUAUUCUCUGUGAACCUAUGAAUCUUUAUGCCUUUUUUUUAAAUCACAGUUAUCACCACACUUUUACUGUUUUUCCACAUUUAUUUCCGAAGUCCUUUGUUUUGUUUUUUUUAACUAUUUGUGCACAACAUAUAUAUAUAUAUAUAUAUACAUAUAUAUAUACAUUUUUUUUUCUCCUGAAACUUAAACCUGAAUGGUCUCUGUGGAUAAACCUGGCUAGUUUCUCCUCAAGCCACAUGCUAGCUAUCUCGCUAGCUAACUAAAACAACAACAAGGAGACAAAGACCAGCUCUUUCGUACCUCAGUCCCUCCAUUCCUCUAUUCACACGCAAUGUCUUCAUUAUACACUUUCAAUUUGCAUUUAAGCCACAUAUUUUAUUAGAAACUCUCCGAAAUCCCUCUGGCAGGAUGAGUCAGAGGGCAGAAAAGCACAACAGACUAUUACAAUCCCUUUUUCCACUGUGAACGACACACUGGACUGAAAAAAAUAUGAACAUAAAAGAAGACGAGAGAAAUUGCUCAAGAAUUAAAUGUUUACCAAAAGAACAUAUUUCUAAUUUCAGAGGAUACCAACUGAUAUUGUCCAUGUUUUUGGCCUGGAUCUUUUCCUGGAUUUUUUAAGCGUCCUUUGCCUUUUUAGAAGGACUCUUAACUGUUUUGGAUGAUACAGGAAGAGCCUAAUCAAGCCACUGAACAAAACAUGGACGUGCCCUUGAAACACAGCACUGUACCAGAGCCUGUCCACAAAAGUGAGCCCUCAAUGCGUGGGAGAGAAUGGAGCUAAAUUGAUAAAAUAAAAAAAUAAAAACCUGAAGUUAAAACAGUGUCUAACUACAAGUCCAUUAAAUUCCUUUAAUUUUAAAGAGUAAAGAAAGCUUACCUGUUUCCAUUUUUCUACAGCAAACUUGUUUUGAGCAGUAGCGACAUUAGUGUUACUACUGCAGUAUGCUGAUUGUUUCAGUCAGAGCAUUUAAAAAGCUUAAGAGCUGAAAUUGAAAUGGUUUUAAAUGAUAUCUGCGGUAGUGAAACAUUAGCUAUUGUUCUGUGUUGAGGAAACCUUAUAAACCAACGAUUUGCUCAAAUGCUCCAUAUAAACCCAUUCAUUUUGGACUCACUCUGGUGUGACCUCUAUUUACUAUUAGUUAAGAUAAACUAGACCUUCUACCACACACACAAACACACUGUACUCUGUAUUUUCUUCUAAUCUUGUCAUAUAUUGUCACGGUAGGCCUACAAGAAACUCUCUAGUGAAAAAGAUGGCACCUUCCCCCUGUCAGUGCCACAAGGAGCCUUGAGUUGACAGUGCCCAGAACUCCCGGUCGCAUUUCUCUUGUUUCUAAUAGCCUUUGCUGAAGAAAGUUCUAGAGUUUCUAGUGCAAAAACUCUGAAUUUAGCUAGUGUGAGUGAUGACUUGUGUCCUGGUAGCACAGAGGAGCUUGUAGCAGCGUGUGUUCAGGCACUGUGAUGUUGUCUUUAUUAUCUGCUCCAUAAAGAGUCACUGCAGUAACUUCUAACUUACUUCUAACAAAAUAACAACAAAAAAAGAAAUAAUCACUGGAAAUGAACAUGGGUCAUAGAGCUCUGAGCAAUUACUGUGUAAUUAAAUAUACCUUCUCAAUCUCCGUUUUAUGAUGUAAAUAUAUCUGUUGCAUUGGAAGUUCUUGUUACUAAUAUUCUAUGGAUUGUUAUCAUGACUAUUAUUACUAUUAUCACAUUAUACUGAGAAAUUGUUCUUUAAAAAUUCUGACUAUGAGAGAAAUCUAUUGUGUAUUCUCAGAAAGGUGUUUAUAUAAUGCAUAGAGAUCUACCCUAUUAGGACUUUUAUAUUGCUGCUAAAGUAGUAGAAGGUGGACUGGAUUAAAGCCACAUAUAUUUGAACAUAUUAGUAAAAGAAAAGUUAUAAAUAAAUAACUAUCCUGCUAGCCCAGGGCAGCUCCUGUGGCUGCUGCAUGCAAGACUAUGGGUGAAAGGUCUUUUUGUUUUUUUAAUGGAUUGUCAGGUUGUUCAUAGCUCUUGGAUAUUUCUUUGUAUUACAAGAAAAUACAAAGAUGGAAAAAGAGAGUGGUAUGUUUUUUUGUUUUAAGGAAAAUGUGGGCAUUCUGUGAUGUAGCAUUUUAUUUGUUAAUAGCAAAUCCUCCAUUCACUCAAGUUUAUUUUAAGGGAUCAAGUCUCCUAACAGCACUGUAUUUCAACAUUAUUCUCAACUGAUUAACUAUAUUUACAUUGUACUACAUGUUUUUUUUUAUUAUUUUAAAUUAAGUGUAAUACAGUGCCAAGAUAUAAACUGUCCUUUUAAUUUUGUACUUUUUAACUCGUCAUGCCUCUUUUUACUGGACAGGUCAAACAGCAAUAGCUUCCUACUUCACUUUUUGAGGAUUCAACAGAUCAUGAAAAAUACUCAGUCAAGUUUGUUACAGGAAAGAGUUGCAGCUGACCACUGACGGGAGUACAUAGGUGAGUCAUGCAUUUUAGUUAAAAAAUAAAAAAGUCAGUCAUUGUUCUCUUGCCAUAGACGUGUACAGCUAAAUGUCUGCUAGCGCUAAAUCAAGAGAGAAGGCACACUGUGACGUGGUAAACCUAACACAGAAUGUAACAUUGUUGAUGGUUGUAAACAUUUUUUAAAAAUUAUUAUAAAGCUAUUUUAGCGAGUUAAA